GCCAGUUUACCGGCGGCAGUGAUCCAACCGUCAGAUCCGAUCUCCCGGUCGCCGGCGGCGACAUGGACUUGCCGGCGAGCCGCGGCCGGUGGCGCAGGCGGAGCGCCCGGUCGCACCUGCCCGUUGUCGUGGCCGUCCUCGUACUCCUCCUCCCGACCUUGCUACUCUUCUCAUCCGCCUACUCCACCAUGCUCCGCGCCCUCCUCCCCUUCACCUCCUCCGCCUCCGGGGGCGGUGGCGUGCCCCAGUGCGGGGGCUCGGUGGAGCUCGGGGGAGAGAGGUUCCUGUGGUACGCACCACACAGCGGGUUCAGCAAUCAGGUGGGCGAGCUCCGGAACGCCGCAGUGGCCGCCGCGCUGCUGAACCGCACUCUCGUCGUGCCCCCCGUGCUCGACCACCACGCCGUCGUCCUCGGGAGCUGCCCCAGGUUCAGGGUCACCGACCCAGCAUCGCUGCGCGCCGCUGUCUGGGAUCACGCCAUGCAGCUCCUCCGGGAGGGGAGGUAUGUUUCGAUGGGCGACAUAGUUGAUCUGUCCCCAAUCAAAUCCAUGGUUAGGACGAUUGACUUCAGGGUUUUUGUCUCGCUGUGGUGUGGUGUAGACAUGAGGAAGACUUGCUUUUCUGGGUUGUGCUGUGCUGUUUCUGGUGGUAGCUCUAUGCCAGCGGACUACAAUAGAUGCCGAGCUUUGCUGUCUGGUCUAGGAGGCAGUGAAAAAGGCUGUGUGUAUCCCGUACAAGAUGACUGUAGAACAACGGUCUGGACGUAUCAGCAGAACAAUGAUGGGGCCUUGGAUCAAUUUCAACCAGAUGAAGAGUUGAAAAGGAGGAAGAAGAUCUCAUACGUCCGGAGGCGCAGAGAUAUAUACAAGGUUUUAGGGCCUGGUUCACAAGCUGAGGAUGCUACCUUGUUGGCAUUUGGGACACUGUUCUCAGGACCAUACAAGGGGUCAGAGUCUUAUUUUGAUAUCCAUGAGUCACCAAAAGAUCAAAGAAUACAGAGUUUACAAGAGAAGAUUGAGUUUCUUCCUUUUGCCCCAGAGAUCAUGGCUGCAGGUAGAGAGUUUGCUAAGAACAAGAUCAAGGAGCCCUUUCUUUGUGCGCAACUAAGACUGCUAGACGGUCAAUUCAAAAAUCACUGGAAAGCCACAUUUUCUGCCCUCAAAGAGAAGUUGAAAGCUGUUGAGUUGGAAAUGAAGAGAAACAAGAAUAGCGGUCCUGUUCACAUGUUCAUCAUGACCGAUCUCCCACCAGCAAACUGGACCAAAACCUAUCUUGCAAAUGUUGCAAAAGAUGAGCGAUACAAAUUGUACACCCUGAAGGAAAGUGAUGAAUUAGUGGUGCAGACUGCACAAAGACUUAUGGCGGCAGAGCAUGGUGUACGGUCUGGAUUCCUUCCAAAAACCAUAGAGAACAGGAAGAAGGAUUGUGACACUGUUCAACUACCAGAAAUUCUGUUGUAUGUUGAAGAAUCUGUUUGUAGCUGCGCAUCACUAGGAUUUGUUGGGACAUCUGGAUCUACCAUAGCAGGAAGUAUAGGAACAAUGAGAAAGAACAACGUCUGCAAAUGGUAGGAAAACAACAUCCUUUGGGUAGCUACCUGAACCUAACCAGCGCUGAUUGAUGUGUUAUAGCAUUGUGGGAACCAAUAUGAUCUAGAGGGCUGAAGCAUCGUACGUUUUGCACACACCAGUGCAAGCAUGAGGCUGCAAGAUCUGGUUUCGCUGGCAUGGUAGGAUUGACUGUAUAAUGAACCGUUGAACCAAUUUUUUUCCCUAACUGUAUAGAAACUAGAAAGAUCAGGUUCGUUGUUGUGUUGCCUGAAUCAUUUUGUGCUAUGUAAUUUUCUCUCCUCAGUUUUGUAGCCUUACAUUUAUUUUUCUGUCCGUAGGGUAUCCUACCUCACUCUUCUCCUGACUUCUGAAUGACAAUGAUAGCUUCUGAAAAAAAAAUACUGGAACUAGAUAUUAUUCUACUAGUUUCUAAUUGUAUAUGCAUGUCGUUGUUUGGGCAAGGAUCCUGGUCCCUUGGUGUAUCGAUUUUGGCGCCAGGUCGCUUCCCUAUUUGAACUGAGAAAGCGUGCCAUUGUCCCCGUGUGCAAUAAGCUUCUCAAGUCUGAAACUCUGAAAUGAAGCAGCUGCAGCGCUGGGCGUUAUCUGUGCAUCUCGAGCGGCGCUCCUGGCCGCAGCAGAGGAAGGCCACACCGUGGCCGAGGUUGUCGACGAUUCGACGUCCGUGUUGCGUGACGCCGUCCUGAUCCCGAGGGUUGAGGAGCAUAAGGCAAGUCGUCGCCGACGCCAUUGUCACUUGCACACCAACAGAGUCAGUGACCAUCAGUGUGUGAAGCAGCAUCACUAGGAGCCAUUACACUGGAGGUGCGUGAUUCAAAGACUGAAAGACCCUGCUUCAUGGCCGGGUUUAUGUAGAGCGUUGAGCUCUAGAGGAAUACUUGCGCAUGUUGGGCAGAAAUGUGCUCCUCUUAUUUGCAGUCGUGUUCAGUUCAUCUGUGUGCUGUUCCUAAAUGAUUCUGUGUUUUCAUCUCUCCCUCCUCGAGUUCUCGUGCUCUCUGUAUCGUAGACAGUGAUAGCUUCUCAAAAUAUGCUGGAAUCAGUUUUCUCGUGUC